AUGGUGACAAGGAGUUUGAGGGAGAUGACAAAUGGAGAGGCCAAAGAGGGAGGCGGCGCCCAUGGGGCAAGGCUUGGAGAUGGCGCCCAUGGCGUCGGUUCCUUGAUUAGAGACAGCAAAGCCUUAGUAGAGAGAGAGAGAAGAUUAGCAUUCCUGUGGCUGGAGAGCAGAUGGGUGGCGCCUAUAGCAUACGAGGCGGCCCCUAAGGCAUUGGAGAACAGGAGGGCGGCACCCAUGGCACAAGAGGCAACACCCAAGGCGCUGGAAAGCAUGCGGGCGGCGCCCAAAACGCAGGAGAUGGCACCCAAGGCACUGGAGACCAAGCGGGCGGCACCCAUGGCACAAGAGACGGCGCCUAAGGCGCUAGAGACCAGGUGGGCGACGCCCUUGGUGCCGAGGCAGGUGCCCCAUGCGACAACGAUGACUUGA